AAUGUUCGUCGCAUAUUUCAUAUUUCUAGAGAAGGUGCACCAAGUCACACAACUCCAGACAGUCUUACGAUUAUUUUCACGUAACAUUUCAUCGAGAGAAAAAUGAGCCAAAACGCUUUGAGAUCAUCCAAGUUCAUUGUUCCACGUCUCCUUGGUAUAAGAGCCAUGUCAGGUCCAGCUGGCGAUGGAAAAGCCGGAGCUAUUCGCGAAGCCGGAGGCGCUUUCGGUAAAUUGGAGGCUGCUCGUGAAGAAGAAUACUUCUUAAAAAGGCAACAAGAACAGCUGAAAAAGUUGAGGGCCGAUCACAUCACCCAAGCCGACUACCAUCAAAAACAAAUCCAAGAACAUGAAGAAGCAUUGAAACGUCACAAGGAAGCCCUCACCAAAAUCACAAAAUAGAUCAACCAAUACAAUAUGAAAAAUUCCCUUUGCGAUUUUACAUCGGUCUUGGUUUAACAUCCUUUCGUUUCGAUUUGUUUUUUUUUUCCAAUAGCGAAUUUUUCCAUCGCAUUCGCUGGCAAUUCUAGUAAACUUCAGUGUGCAACUUUGCUUAGCAUCAAAUCACGUUCAAAUGGCACAAUUUUGUUGAUUUAUUUGAACCGAGUAAAUAAAUAAGAAAUUAUAAAAACAAGA